AUGCCAGUCGUCAAAUUGCUGAGUCAGGCUGCGUGCCGGAUCCUGCUGAGCCCCACAUGCUGCUGUCGGGCAUCUGUGGUACCCAUCAGAUUUCUGGGCUUCUCCCCUCGGCAGGUCCCAGCGGAUGCCAGCUUCCACUCUAUCACGUUUUCCAAGACAGACCACCCCCGUGUCCUGAUUACAGGAGGUCUUGGCCAACUUGGAGUGGGGCUUGCUAAUGUUUUGAGGAAACGGUUUGGAAAGGACAAUGUCAUCUUGUCUGACAUAAGGAAGCCUCCUGACCACAUCUUCCAUAGUGGCCCAUUCAUUUAUUCUGAUAUUUUGGAUUACAAGAAUCUUCGAGAGAUAGUGGUCAACAACCGGAUCACCUGGUUGUUUCAUUAUAGUGCCUUACUCAGUGCAGUGGGAGAAGCAAAUGUGUCUUUGGCAAGAGACGUGAAUAUAACUGGACUGCAUAAUGUUCUGGAUGUUGCAACACAGCACAACUUGCGACUGUUUGUGCCUAGCACGAUUGGAGCCUUUGGACCUACAUCCCCUCGGAAUCCAACCCCCGAUCUCUGUAUUCAGAGACCCAGGACCAUCUACGGAGUAGCUAAGGUCCACGCAGAGCUCAUGGGAGAAUACUAUUAUUAUCGAUAUGGGUUAGAUUUUCGAUGCCUGAGAUAUCCUGGAAUCAUUUCAGCCGACUCCCAGCCUGGAGGAGGAACAACUGACUACGCUGUCCAGAUAUUUCACGAUGCUACUAAGAAUGGAAAAUUUGAGUGCAACCUGAAACCCAGCACAAAGCUCCCAAUGAUGUACAUCGAUGACUGCCUCAGGGCCACGCUGGAGGUCAUGGAGGCUCCAGCUAAGUCUCUCUCCAUGAGAACCUACAACAUCAAUGCCAUGAGCUUCACCCCUGAGGAGCUGGCCCAAGAAGUUCUUAAACAUGUACCAGAAUUCCAGAUCACAUACAAUGUGGAUUCUGUUCGACAGGCCAUAGCGGAUAGUUGGCCGAUGAACUUUGAUGACAGCAAUGCUCGGAAGGACUGGGGCUGGAAACAUGAAUUUGAUCUUCCAGACCUGGUGACCACAAUGUUGAACUUCCAUGGUUCUGACAGUCGGGUUGCCCAGGCAAACUGA